AUGUGCCAGCAGAACACCCCCACACCACCACCCAACAUCAAAACCCACCUUAUUCCUCCCAAAGCCCAUGAGCCGGACCUCCACACUCCCCUCAUCCCCCAAAGCCCAACAACACCGGCCCACCACCAAACGGACAAACCCUCCAAGCCCACAGCGGCCCACCUCUCCCUCGCCGUGCAAGAGUCCAUCUCCCUGGCCCGAAUCGCCCUCCCCAUGAUCCUCACGGGCCUGCUCCUCUACUCCCGGUCCAUGAUCUCUAUGCUCUUCCUGGGACGUCUCGGCGACUUGGCCCUAGCCGGGGGCUCCCUAGCCCUGGGCUUCGCAAACAUAACGGGCUACUCCAUCCUCUCGGGCCUUGCCAUGGGCAUGGAGCCCAUUUGCGGCCAAGCCUUUGGGGCCCAAAAGUACACCCUCCUCGGCCUCACCCUCCAAAGAACCGUGCUAAUGCUCCUCCUAACCUCCUUCCCAAUUUCCUUAUUGUGGCUCAACGUGAAACGGAUCCUCCUCUUAUGUGGCCAGGACGAGUCAAUCGCGGCCCAAGCCCAAACAUAUUUACUCUACUCGAUACCCGAUUUGCUGGCCCAAUCACUACUACAUCCAUUGAGAAUCUACCUCCGGGCCCAGUCCGUGAACCUGCCGCUCACACUAUGCGCCGCCGUUUCAAUCUUACUCCACGUGCCCAUAAAUUACUUCCUCGUCUCGAAACUUAAUUUGGGAAUCAAGGGCGUCGCGUUGAGCGGCGUUUGGACUAACUUCAACGUCGUCGUAUUAUUAAUAUUUUACAUAUUCUUUUCCGGAGCUUAUGAGAGGACGUGGGCCCGUUUGUCAGUGGGCUGCUUCAGGGGAUGGAAAACUCUCUUGGGCCUGGCCCUGCCCAGUUGUAUUUCUGUUUGUCUCGAGUGGUGGUGGUACGAGAUAAUGAUUCUACUUUGUGGGCUUCUCGUGAGCCCAAAAGCCACCGUGGCCUCGAUGGGCAUACUGAUCCAGACCACGGCUUUGAUCUAUAUUUUCCCGUCAUCCCUGAGCUUCGGGGUCUCGACGAGGGUUGGGAACGAGAUCGGGGCCCGAAGGCCCGAUAAGGCGAAACUCGCGGCUAUAGUCGGGCUUGCAUGCAGUUUCGGGCUCGGGAUAUCGGCCCUGUUUUUCGCGGUUUCUGUGAGGAACGUGUGGGCCGGAAUGUUCACGCGGGAUGAGGAGAUUAUCGCGCUGACGUCAAUGGUCUUGCCGGUAAUUGGGCUUUGUGAGUUGGGGAACUGCCCGCAGACGACGGGCUGUGGGGUGCUGAGGGGGACGGCUCGGCCCAAAGUGGGGGCGAAUGUGAAUCUGGGCUGUUUUUAUUUGGUGGGGAUGCCGGUGGCGGUGGGCCUGGCGUUCUUUUGUGGGAUGGACUUUGAAGGCCUGUGGUUUGGGCUUCUGGCGGCCCAGGCCUCGUGUAUGGUGACGAUGGUGGUGGUUUUGGUCAGGACGGAUUGGGAGUUGGAGGCCCGGCGAGCGGAGGAGCUUACCAAAGGGUACGAAAAGGUCUCCGUUACUGAAGAUGAUGAUGAUGAUGGAAAUCAUGAGAAGCUAGUUAAACAAGGAGAUUGUUUGUGUUAG